AUGGAGCUGCAGCUAGUGUCCAAGUCCAGCGCCACGGCUGAUCAUCUUGAAGACCAACAAACCCCUCAUCGGUCUGUCGCCUCAAAGAAGCAAGAUGCGCACGAAGCAGCAUUGAGAGACGCCGACGUCGAGAUCCAUGUCACAAAACCUACCUACCUUGCCGGUUUCUUCCUAGGGUUUACUCUCCAGCCAUCUCUUACCUUCACUUGUCUAUUUGUGUUCUCGGUCAUCGUCCCAAUAGCAAUGGAGCUACAAGGAUCCACUUACAAUUCCAACUGGCUGGCAUCGAGCCGGUCUCUCGCCGUAAGCAUUGCCUUUGCACUUGCGAGACAGAUGAGCGACUACUUCGGGCGGAGAUACCUCUUGAUGUUUGGUCAGGGUCUCUUAGUGUUGGGCCAUAUCGUUGGUGCCACAGCCCAGAGCCUCGAGCAAUGUAUCGCGGCCAUGGUGAUCUUGGGGUUUGGCACAGGAACCACAUUCAUCCUCUACCCCGGAAUAUCAGAAAUACUUCCCAACAAAUACCGACCGUAUGGCUUGGCCUGGACUGAGCUCAACCUGCUUCCAUUCACAACGUUGGCGCCACUGAUCGCCAGGGAGUUCGUCGCUCGAGCAACCUGGAGAUGGAUUUUCUACCUUGGGAUUAUCACCGGGGUUAUCUCAUUGGCAGGUACUGGCGUCUUCUACUUUCCUCCAGCUCGGCCCAUUAGGGAGUAUUCGCGCAGGCAAAUUCUGGCUCAACUAGACUAUAUCGGACUGUUCUUCUACGUUUCAGGACUGACUCUCUUCCUUCUUGGCCUUGGUUGA